CUGUUUGUCUUGAUCCUGAUCCUAGCCCAACUACGACGACUACGACUACCGACGACGACGCUGGCUGUUAGUGCUUUAUUUUUUCUCCCUGCCUUAAAAAAUCGUAGUCCUGCAAUCGCCCAGAGGAAAAAAGUGACAUUUGAGUUUGUCGUCGAAGUUUUAGUAUUAUUUGUUUAAGCUUAAACGGCAGAAACAGUUUGAAACUUUCAAGAACAAAUGGCCGCUGUCCUUAAGCUGAUUUUGACGCUUCUGUUUGUUUUGGCGAUUUGCUAUCAAACGAACGUCAAUUGCUUUGACGACAAUUAUACCCUGUUUGUUUCACACAAGUUCGCUGUGGAACGGAGACAGCUUUAUCGAUUUGUAACGAGGCCUGAAUUGGUCGAUAGGUGGAUGAAAUGGCUUCCAUUCUUUAUGGCUGCAGACUUUAAACCUUUAGGAGUUGGUAAACAUUUUAUGAUAUUUUCAAAUGAUUACCAAUACCUUAUAAAGGUUACCGACCAUCAGGCUGGGAAAUUUCUUGCCCUUGAGUCGGAAUUAUUUUUAAGGCCAAGAAUUGAAUUGCAUUUUAGUGAGGAGGAAGAAGAAGUGGAUGAUGAUGAUGAUGGUCAAGGUAGUAAAUCGAAACUGGAAAUUCGAAUGAGUUUUCAAAGGACUUCAGUCUUAUUUCAAAACACAAUUGGAAGACUGUACCGAAAGCUGCUUAAGCCAAAACUAAUGGAGUCUUUGAUAAAAUUACAUGGAAUAAUAAGCCAUUUGCCAGAAACGAAAUGUUGUUCUAACGAUUCUAACGACUUAAGACCUCAAAAUUCGAUAUGUUUAUAUUGAUAUUAUAGAUUUGUUAUGAGGGUUUCCAUUAAGAGGUUUCAUUUUUAUAUUAAUAAUAAAACAUAUAUUUUUUAAGAGAAA